CGUACAUCGUCUUUGACUGGACUCGACUCGACUUUGCUUGUCCCCAGACAAAAACACGACAUUCACGCCUCAAACCACGCGAAGGAUAUCAUCGCCAGAACUUGCACGAUUCUUUAAAUAAAAAGCACAUUCGUCGCACAAAAUGGCUCCAGGAGGACCACCAGGAGGUGCGCGUGGCAGAGGUGGAAAAUUCAAGAAGUUUACUCGUGGAGGUGGCAAGCACUUCUCCAAGAACCUCCGACCCCUCGACGCAGACGGAAACGAAAUCGAAGAAAAGGACCCCAAUGCAUCAUCAUCUGAAGAGGAGGAGACCUCGUCCGAGGAAGAGUCAUCCGAGGAGGAAGAUGCCAACAAGCCAGCCCUGACCCGUGAGGAACGCCGUCAAGCCGCAAAGGCAAAGAAGGAAGCUGCUAUCGCAAGAAAGAAGGGAAAGGUUGUCGAAGCUGGAGAUAUGCCGUCGAGUUCCGAGGAGGACAGCGAGGACGAUGAUAUGCCAGCCAACCCCAACCACUCCAAGGCUGCCAGGAAUCAGGCAAAGGCAGCACCGGCUAGUGUGGAAGAGGUGGCUGAGGGUGUCAAGGAUAUGAGUGUUGGCAAGGGCAAGAAGCCGGUGGCGGAGCUUAGCCGUAGAGAGAGGGAGGCGGUACAGGCACAGCAAGCGAAGGAGAGAUACCAGAAGUUACAUGAGGCUGGAAAGACUGAUGAGGCCAAGGCGGAUAUGGCUAGACUGAAGUUGAUUCGGGAGAAGAGAGAGGCGGAGGCAGCGAGAAAACAGGUAUGUUCAUUUCCUUUGCAGGAAAUGUGUAAAACUAACAUGUGCAGGCCGAGAAAGAGGAGCGCGAGGAGUCCGAGAAGGCGAAGAAGGCCGAGAUUGACGCCCGCGAAGCCAAGCGAAGGGAGGCAGCAAUGGGCCCAGCGAAGGGCAAGGGCAAGGCAAAGAAGUAAACUGCAGAGCCUUUUCAUACCAAAGUUUGUUUCUGGAUGUUUAACUUCUGGGGUGCAAAUAUGCGCAUCAUUGGCAUUAGCAUGCAAGCAGUUUCCGAAUUGUUUUUCAAUACACAUCUUCUGCUAGACGAAUACCCCGUAGCGCAUACUUGGUUAUGUAGUUGCGGAUUUCCUCCAUGUAUUGAUCCUCGUCUCACCGAGCUUGUGUUUGGUUGUGUGUGGUUGUGAAGAGCUUUCACCAAGUGGACGGCCAUAAAAUUUACGCGUUGAUUGCGGUAAUCUCCAAUAGCAGAUGGAUGUUCUCUUUUGCUUUCUUUUAUUAUUUUUUCUCUCGUCGUUCCGCGUGUAUGUGCUACUGGACUUUCUUUCUAUCCCCGCAAUCCUGAUUUCGGCACUGUUUACGAACUACACCUGUUCCCUCGCUCAAGGUUCCUCUCCUCCUUCAUUCCAGGUCAGAGGAGGAAAUCCCCAUAUCCUUCCGUCUAUUUCUCUUAUCCCUCCGCAACAUAUAUAGCACAGUCAAGAUAGCUAGAUACCGCGAGUCCCUCUUAAUGGUCCUCUAAGCAACAGAACAUUCACGGAUUGAAUGGAGAGCAUGAUCUCCUCGUACUUGUGUGGACUUUGGAGAAACAACAGCCUGGGAAUCCUGUGCUAAAGCUCUUAGGACUUCAAGGACCCUCCACAUGAGUAU